AAUUAAAUAUUGUGAGGAAACCCUAUUGAUUAGCCAAUGCGGCGUUUAUUUGCAUCAGUCAAUGCACAAAUAAUGUCAAAGAAUAAGGGAAAAGCAAAGUCCGGCGUAGAAAAUACAAACACAAAGCCGGCGCCGGCAAACGACAGCCCAGUCACCGUGGAUAAAAGUGGCAAUAUAUGCAUUAAAAUACUUGCAAAACCUGGAGCCAAGCACAAUGGCAUUACGAACAUUGAUCUUGAAGGCGUUGGCGUCCAAAUAGCCGCACCGCCCAGUGAAGGAGAAGCCAAUGCAGAGCUGGUGAAAUUUCUUUCCAAGGUCCUGGGGCUGCGCAAGAGCGAUGUCUCCCUGGACAAGGGAUCGCGGUCCCGCAACAAGAUCAUACUGAUCAGCAAGGGUGCAUCGACGGUGGAGUCCAUUCAGCAGCUGCUGCGCAAGGAAUAUGAAUCGUAAGGCCUCUCCCCUCCCAGUUAGUUUUUAACAAAUUCGAUCCAAUAAAAAUGUUCAUAGAUAUGCAUUUGAAAACACAA